UGAACGAGUUGAGUGAUAUCGAUGAUAUCCAACAAGUUUGUUUUGAAACCGCUUCUUAAGUCGAAAGAUAUGGAAAAGGUAAAAAUUGAAUCAAAAUCCCACGUUAUUCCUCGUCAGGUUUGUCGUCUGUGUUUGGGGGAAAAAUUACUUAACAAUAUAUUUCUGGAAAAUGUUCUACAUCAAUGGAUAUCUGCUUAUCUCUCAAUUGAGGUAUCCACUGAGGAUCACAUGAGCCAACUCAUCUGUGCCGGAUGUCGAAUACGGUUGACUGAAUUCCAUCAAUUCCGGCUGCGUUGCCAGGAAGUGCAAUGCGUUCAGCUAUCCAUGAUCCAUAUGUCUACCGGUGUCAAUGAUCCAGCUAAGGAUAUUGGAACGAUAGCUCAAGUGCAGUUAGUCGGAGAAGAAGAGCAAAGUGCUCUAAGCAUUGUCUGUGAAGUUUGUCAUAAGGUGUUCAAGACCAAUAAGCAAUUGUUCAAUCAUAGAAGAAUUCAUAAGCCCAAGAAACAUCGAUGUACUAGUUGUAGGAAAUCGUUUGUAAGACGUGAACAUCUGGACAAACACAUCAAAAUGCACAAUGCAAAGCUAGAAGAAGGAAAUGAGUUACAAAAUAAAGAGCCAUCGACCAGAGCAUCUAAUUCAACAGAAUUGGGGUUGCUCACUAACCAGCUUGACCAUCAGUUUCCUGACCAACAACCAAUCUCCGUCAAACUUGAACCUCUGGACGAAGAUAUUUCAUACGGAGAAAGUAAAUUUUCUGAUAGUGUAGAGCCAAUGAUCGACAUAGGACAACCGAAAGUAGAAGAACGUUCAGAUUCAGAAGUCGAAACACCAAGUGACGGCCUCAUGGCGAAUGAUAAGCCAAAUCCGGAGGAGAAAUGCGUUGAAAAGCCAUUCAAGUGUGAUCUAUGUCAAAAGAGGUUCCUGAAAAAGCGUAGACUGGAUUUUCACACACGGUACAUACAUGGCGCAAAAUCGCACAUUUGUCCUAUCUGCGAAAGACCGUUUAGAUUCCGCCAUCAUAUGCUAGACCACACGCGAACGCAUCUAUCGCCUCACGAACGCCAGCAAAUGGGUGACCAAAAUGCCAGACCAUUCGAGUGCGAUGUAUGCCACAAGACGUUUAAGAUCCAGAAAGCCCUGUAUCACCACAAACGAUAUCGGCAUGGGCCGAAGAACCACGCCUGUCAACUUUGCGGGUUCCAGUUUGCAUUGGCGUCUCGGUUGGCGAAGCAUAUGAAAGGUCAUGACCGGCGAGGAGAGACCGAAGAGGAUUUCCUGAAUUUAGAAGAAGCAGCGAAUGAAGAUGAAUAUUUAUAAAUUUUAUAAAUUGUUUAAUAAAGAAUACAUAUGACAUAUGUCAUAUGUGCAUCUUUCAGGUUUACAGUACUUGAAGCAAUCCCGCUGUUACGUUUGUAACACUUGUAGUGAACAUUUUGUCAGUUUUUUUUUCGUAUGUUAUACCUACUAUGGUUUGUACAUCUGUCUCUGAAUUUUAAUGCGCAUUUGUAGCGCUCCUGUCAUUUCGGGAAGCGAUCCAGUACAAAACACGCAAGCCGUCCCCUAACACGGAUAUCAAAUAGCUGACGGUCUUGUGUUGUUGCCCGAAUAAGGAGGCCCCCCUUAGGAUUUGAAACUCCUAGACCAAACUCAAGCUACGUAAGCAACUACCGUGAGGUGCCCAUAUUUCGUGCACUUAAGAAUUCUCAAAGUUUGAUAAACGACUGAAAUUUUACCAUAAAGUAUAUUAGAUUAAUUUCUUCGAUAAUAUUUAGUGCUGGCACUGUAGCUCCCAAGAAAAAUAUAAAUUAGGCAACUUCACAUUAUACAAGAUAGUUACAGCAUUAGUUUUGAUUUGUUUGAAAGUGCCAAAUUUCGUGCACGGGUUCCAAAUUUCGUUCAAAAUGGGUCCAAAUUUCG